UCACCCUCAUAUCUUCUUUAGCACCUAGUCUAUCUUUCAGUGUUCAGCUCACUCAUGAACUCUUUCAAGAACUUUUCUGUAACCCUCACUGCCUUCAUUAGGGGUUUCCUUCAAGCUGUCAUAGUAGCCAGAGCAUACCUCUAGCCAUAGUAUGUCAUUGUUUCUUGUUGCUUGUCCUCAAUUUUUAUUCUGUUCUUAUCUGACCACAUUUUGUACAUUGAAGCAACUUAUGGCAAGAACAAAUCUAAUAAAAUGCUGGUAAAAUAUGAGACUAGCAAAUCCAGAAUGGAAAAAAUUAAAAUACCAGUUAAGACCUGCUGGGUUGGGGAUUGGGAAAUACACAAAUGUUCAGGCUAUAUGGGCCUAUUAGAUGAUAGUUGAGCCUUGAUUUGUCUCUCUAGGUGAUUUAGCAGUCAGAGUUAAGGGAAACAGUUGUAAUUGUUAUCAGAGAGGAAGAAACACUAAAAUAUGUACACGAUCCUACGAGUAGUUAGGAAUGGGUUUCACAUGACUUUCUUACAGUAUUCUGCAAUGAAAGCAGAGAGCACGACUUUAUAGAGCUUAGACUGCGUGCAGUCACUCUUCUUGGUAACCCAGCUCUUUGGGAGGCCAAGGAGGGAGGAUUGCUUGAUGCUAGAAGUUCAAGAUCAGCCUGGACAGCAUAGUGAGACCUGUCUCUAAAAACUGAGUUAGUCAGGCAUGGCAGCACAUGCCUGAAAUCCCAGCUGGUCAAAAGGCAGAGGCAGGAGCAUUGCUUGAGCCCAAGAGUUUGAGCUUACAGAGAAUGGUGAUCAUACCACUGCACUCCAGCCUGAGUGACAGAAUGAAACCCUGUCAAAUGAAAAAAACAAAAAAACAUACAUACAAAAAUAGUAAUCCAGACAUGGUGACUCAUGCCUUUAAUCUCAGCACUUUGGGAGACCAAGGCAGGUGGAUCCCUUGAGGCUAGGAGUUUGAGACCAGCCUGGGCAAUGUAGUGAGACCCCCAUCUCUACAAAAGUAAAAAAUUAGUCAGGUAUGGUGGUGUGUGCCUGUAGUCCCAGCUACUUGGGAGGCUGAGGUGGGAGCAUUGCUUGAGCCUAAGAGGUCGAGGCUACGGUAAGCUAUGAUCAUGCCACUGCACUCCAGCCUGGUUGACAGAGCAAGACCUGUCUCAGUAAUAAUAAUAAUAACAUGGUACUUAAUGAAGGCAUUUCUUCAAGGGCUUAAGAUAACAUGAUCUAAGUAUAUAGCCUUCAUCAUCCAGCUUAAUUCAAGGAUUUCUACUACCUAGAUACAUAGAUGAACACAUAUCCUUCAGGUAAUUUUUCACCCAUCACUUCUCUCAAUGAGACUUUUUUUUCUGUGAUGGAGUCUUGCUGUGUCACCCAGGCUGCAGUGCAGUGAUGUGAUCUCAGCACAUUGCAACCUCCACAUUCUGGAUUCAAGCCAUCCUCUUGCCUCAGCCUCCCAAAAAGCUGGGACUACAGGCAUGCACCACCAUACCCGACUAAUUUUUGUAUUUUUAGUAGAGACAGGUUUUCACCAUGAUGGCCAGGCUGGUAACUCCUGACCUCAGGUGUUACCCGGCCUCAACUAGGCUUACAGGCAUAAGCCACUGUGCCCAGCCUGAACAACUUUUAAGAAUGAUUCUUUCUUUUUAUUUCCAUAGUGCCUGCCACAUAGUAUUAGCAAAUCUUUCUUGAAUGGCUAUAAAUAAUUAGAUUCUCAUGUGUGGAUUGAUGUUUGAAAUGGGUUUUAUGAUAUUGUAUCAACUAUGUGGAAAAUAAUGGAAUUUCAUCUAAACCAGGAUUUCUUUAAAGUGGCAAUACUGACAUUUGAGGCCAGAUAAUUCUUUGAUGUGAGAGACUUUCCUCUGUACUGUAGAAUGAUUAUUAGCACUAUCUCUGGCCUCUAUCCACUGGAUGCCAGUAGAAUCCUCAGUUGUAACAACUCAAAAUGUCUCUAGACAUAGUCAAAGGUCUCCUAGGGUAGGAGGCAAAAUUGCCAUUACUUGAGAACCACUGAUUUAGACUAUGGAUCCUCAGGGAUAGGAAAGGUAAGGACAGCUUCAGAAUUGCACUUUCUGUAUUUUUAUGGUUCAGUUAAAUGGUGAAUGUUUAAUUAGUUACUAAGAGAAAUAAAAUUGAAGUGCUGCCAAUUCAAAGUGUAGCAAGGGAACAGGAUGCAGGUGGUGGAAACUGAGUAAAUUGGUAUGACUCGGCCACUGACUAAAUAGUAACACUAAAGUGAGCCCAACUAUCGGAGCUUUUAGAAGACUAUGUUGUCCUUGGUUGCUGUUCUAUAAGACGCAGACAUAGAAUAUGAAAUUGUUGCUUUUGGAAAAUAUACUUUUAAGAUGAUCUCAAUGAAGAACUGAUUUCUCCUGUAGCCUGGUUUUACUAAUUUAUUAUAAGCCAAAUGACUAAAGCUCAAGUAUACUAUGAAGUUAAUUCUUUUAAUCUUUUCCCCCCAGGAACCCUGUGUAGCUUCUGCAGACAUGGGAUUUGAUGAUGUGAUAUAAGUAGAUGUUUGUGUUUUCCAAACCAUGAAGGUAUUCGAUACUGUGCUCUUAAGAACAGCGGCCUUCUAAUGUCAUUCUUAGUUGACAGGUAAACAGUAUGUUAUGCAUAUAAUGAGGUCCCACAGAGACAAUAUGUUUUGGAACACUGCAGAGGCAACAAUUUGCAUAGUUACCAUAAUUUUAUAGUUAUGAAUCAGUAACUGUGAUAUGUUUCCAUUCUUCCUAUUUUUGAACAGGCGUUCUGUUAAGAUUAUUAUAUUCCUUUCUUAGAUAUAGGGUGUUUAGGGGAGAGGGGACACAUUGCUUGUUUUCUUAGUUACAAGUCUCCAUGUUGAGAGGAGUUGCACCCAAGGAUCUUCAUCCACGUGCACAUCUGGUACAGAUGACAAGAACCUGGACUUUAAGCCAAUGAUAUAAUGAGACAAAGCUUUUUGGGGAGGGAUGUAAAUUGUUGUAGCCAGAGUGGCAAGGGAAACAAGUUGACAAGGAAAAAAUUCUGGCCUCAUCAUUUUUCAGUAAUAAUUAAAAGCACAAUAUUAGAACUGCAAGGGUGAAGGUACGUGGGCUGAGGGAAAGGGAUGGUUUGGGAGGGUGCCAUAUUGAAGGUCCAGAAGAAGUAAACAAAGGUGGAAAAUUUACUCCACAUUGCCAAUGAGAGCCUGUAAUCUAUUCCUGUAGCUUUACAACAUUGAUUAUACAAGACAAUGUAAAGGAGUCAAAAUUGGAUUUUUUUUUUUUUUUUUUUGACUCAGGGUCUCGCUUUGUUGUCCAGGCUAGGGUGCAGUGGUGUGAUCAUGGCUCAGUGCAGACUUGUCCUGGGCUCAUGUGAUCCUCCUACUUCAGCUUCCUGAGUAGCUGGGACUGUAGGUGCAUGCCACCUCAAGAUUCGAUUUCAAAGAUAGCAUAAGCAUAUUGAUAGUGAAAUGAGGAAGGUGGUUUAUUACUGUGGGAAAGCUUGAGUUUGAUAUAAGACAGACUUGGUUUAAAAUUUAUAUUCUGCCACUUACUGAUGUGUGAACUUGGGCAAGCUAUUUUAUAUCAACUGGAUGAUCUCAUAAACAUUGUUGUCUUUUAUAUAUUGUUUUGGGAGUAUGUCACAAAUGUAUUUUUUAGGAUCCUUAAACUGUCAGUGGCUAGCUCUAAUGUGAGAGGAGGUUGGCCUAGAAUUUUCUCUGAGUGCCCUUGUGAUGUUAGAGGUCUGAAGCCUACUUAGUAAUAAUGGAAGCUUCAGCCCUUUUGUCUCUAGAGAGAAUGAGCAAUAGAUAAUGACAACUGAAAAUGGCACUUUAGGUCUCUGUCGUCCUUUUCUUGCUUCAAUAACAACAACAAAAAAAAGAAAAUGGCACUUUAACUACAUGGGAACAUAAUUUGUGUUCUUACUCUAAAAGCAAUUUAUGAUCAUUUUGAAAAAUUAAGACUUUUUAAGAGCAGUUUUAGGUUCAAAGCAAAAUUGAAACAAAGGUACAGAGAUUUUCCAAAUACCCUCUGCCCCCACACAAGCAUAAUCUCCUGUUAUCAACAUCCCCAAUCGAAGUGGUACAUUUGUUAUAAUUGAGGAACUUCCCUCAUCAAUUAUUACCCAAAGUCCAACUAUCACCCAAAUUCCUCCUCAUCUUUUCAUGUCUUGAUAGCUCAUUUCUUUUCAGCACUAAAUCAUGUCUAUUUUCUGUAUGUAUCACAGUUUAUCCAUUUACCUACUGAGGGACAUCUUGGUUGCUUCCAGGUUUGGGCAGUUGUGAAUAAAGCUGCUAUGGACAUCCAUGUGCAAGUUUUUUGUGUAGACAAGUUUUCUACUCCUUUGGGUAGAUACCAAGGAGUAUGGAGUAUAAUUGCUAAAUCAUAUGGGAAGAGGAUAUUUGGUUUUGUAAGAAACUGCCAAACUCUUCCAAAGUGGCUGUACCCUUUUGCAUUCCUACCAGCGAUGAAUGACAGUUCCUGCCCACAUCCUCACCAGCAUUUGGUUUUGCCAGUGUUCUGGAUUUGGCCAUUUUAAUAAGUGUAUAGCAGUCACAUGCGUUUUAGAAUGAAACAGAAAACAUCAGAUUGGCUUUGAUAUUUUGCAAGACAGAAAUUCCAUUCUGAACAACUGACUUACUGUUUAUGCUUCAAUCUUUUAUUUUUGAGACGGACUCUCACUCUGUGUGGUCUCAGCUCACCACAACCUCUGCCUCCAGAUUCAAACGAUUCUCAUGCCUCAGCCUCCCGAGUAGCUGGGAUUACAGGUGCGCACCACCACACUCAGCUAAUUUUUGUAUUUUUUAGUAGAGAUGGAUUUCGCCAUGUUAGCCAGGCUGGUCGUGAACUCCUGACCUCAGGUAAUCCACCUACCUCGGCCUCCCAAAGUGGUGGGAUUACAGGUGUGAGCCACCGCACCUGGCCUAUGCUUGAAUCUUUCAUUAGUUGGAGCUGUUAAUAACUUCAGGUCAGACAGGUUUGAAUGAUAAGUUUGCUGAUAGGUUUGAUUGCUGCUUCUGAGACCCAGACUCAAAAUCUAGGUUUAGCUACAUUAAGAAGGCAACCACUACAGUUAAGUGUCCAAUCCUGAGUUCUCUUAAAACAAUGAUGGAGUCCAAGCCUGUUAGGAAAAUCCUUUUGCUAGAGAGAGAAUCUCCGGUCUCUUUCAUCCUGGUCAUUAGGCCUUGGGCUAAAAGGAGGACAUUUAACAUUUAUUGUAUGCCAGACAGUGCUAGGCCAUUCCACAUAAUGUCAUCUUAUUUAAUCCUUAUAAUUUCUCUGUGAAAUAUUUUGUAUUGUCCCUAUUUCUAAUCCAAGUUGUUUCAGUUUCUUUUUUAUCCUUCCCAGACUUUAUAUCUGCUACCCGUCCAACUAGAACAGUGUUAUGCCUUCUUUUUGUAUGAUGAAUGCCUACUUAUUCCUCAGAGCUCAUCUCAGAUGUUACUGUUUUAAAGAAGCCUUCCCAGUCCCCUGGGCAUGUUUCCCUAUUACACUAUCAAAGUCUUGAUUCCCUGUUACACUCACUGAUUAAAGUGCACUGAUCUCCAUAGCACAAUUAACUAUGUGAUUAGUCAUUUAAUAUCUUUCAUUUCUGCUCAAGUAUAAGCCUCAUGAGCACAUAACUGUGCCUGUGUCAUUUUUCUAUAUUACUUGCAGUGCCAUGCAUAGUUCCUUGUUCGGUAAAUAAUUAUUGUAUGGUUAUGGCAAAUAAAUUCCAUAAACAGAAGUUGAAUGCUGGUCCACUGUAACUUUAAAACCUUCCUUUAAAUUAUACCAUAUAUAGGACCUAAGAAGGAAGCAUUUCUUAAUGAAAUUACCCCAGAGGCUCUUCCUGAACCCUAUUUCAGUUCUAGAUUGGCUAAUGAUAAAAGUUAUUCAUUAAUCUUACAUGGUUAGGGUGUGGUCUGAGAUAAAGAACUUGAAGUCUUUUAAGUAGAUAAUCCUUUCAGAGAAGUCUCAUCUUUCUGCGGAGUCGUGUUCGAAGGAAGCUAGUGGGAAAAAUUCCAGGACUACAUGUCCAGUCAGGAAACUACAAGAGGUAGAAACAUUUGUUGAUUUAGUAGUGUCUUUAACUUCCUGCUGGGCUGAAAAUAGCUUUUGUGGAAAAGCAAAACUUGGCAGCAGACCUCUAAAAUGAAGAGCCCCCAAACUUUUGAGGAACAAACGGAAUGCAUUGUGAACACUCUACUCAUGGACUUCUUGAGCCCAACAUUGCAGGUUGCCAACCGGGACCUAGGCUGUGAAGAUGAAGUAGAUUCAGGGCAGUUUUGCUCUUUUGAUGUAGCAAUCAUUGCUGGUCGCCUUCGGAUGUUGGGUGACCAGUUCAACGGAGAACUGGAAGCUUCUGCCAAAAGCGUCAUUGCAGAAACCAUUCAGGGACAGGCAGGAGCUAUGCUUCAGAGUACGGUGGAAUCUCUCAGCAGGACCUGGUGUGGCUCAGAUUCUAGCUUAGUUUAUGAGAGAGCCUUUCUGGCAGUGUCAGUGAAACUUCUUGAGUGUGUGGCUCACACAGCCCCUGAAGUGGUGAGACAGGUGGCUCUCUCCAUGACGGGUAUGAUCAAUGGGAACAGAGCCAUCCGGGAGUUCAUCCAGGGCCAGGGAGGUUGGGUAAGUAUGUUGGGGCUCCUGGUUUUGCUAGGUAUUUGCACUGUUUUUGUACUAAUACCUGGGAUUCCAAUUCAUGACUCUUUUUGUAAAUUGGAAACCAACAGGAAAACAGGCUUCCCUACUUUGCGAAAAUGCCUGGAUUUUCUUGCUAUGAAAUAGUGGAGCAGAGAGAAGUUCAGCCUGUGGGAGCUGGACUCCAGAGUCAUGCUACCUAAAAUAUUGCCUGCUGAAUACUGUAAAGCUAAUCUUCAUUUCCUACACAUAAUCAUCUAUAAAGUAUAUUCAUGGUAGAGUUCUAAUUUCAGCCUGGCUUCGUUCUCUGGUAAAUUUCUGGGUCUUUUUUUUUCUGUAACAUCUUUAUAUGUAUGUUAAGGAGUCAGAAUCACCUUAAUAGAGAUCUAAGAAAAAACAGUCGGCCAGGCGCCGUGGCUCAUACCUGUAAUCACAACACUUUGGGGGGCUGAGGCGGACAGAUCACAAGGUCAGGAGUUCGAGACCAGCCUGGCCAACAUGGUGAAACCCUGUCUUUACUAAAAAUACAAAAAUAAGCUGGAUGUGGUGGUGCGUGCCUGUAAUACUAGCUACUCAGGAGGCUGAGGCUGGAGAAUUGUUUGAUCCCAGGAGGCAGAGGUUGCAGUGAGCUGAGAUCGCGCCACUGCACUCCAGCUGGGUGACUGAGUAAGAAUCUGUCUCAGGAAAAAAAAAAAGUAAAAAAAACAGUCUUUGCUGUAGUGGUGACUGUAGAAGGUGUUCUAAGCCCAUGUUUUAGUAAUCAUUAGAACUUCUGCUGUCAUAGAGCACCCUUUCCAUUCCCAGGGUCCAGGAAAACCUUAAUUAGAGCUACAUUUCCUAAAGGUAUCUGCAGAUCACUUCCUGGUUUCUUAGGAAGUUCCUGAAAGCCAUUCCUUUGACUGUAAGAUUUUCAUAGUCUUUCCUAGGAAAAUCUGGAGAGCUGAAGAGGUGGAGCUAUUCACCAGACUGAACAUCACUUCCUUGUUUACUGAUUGAUUCCUGGCCAUUCAAACAAACAAAUCAACAAACAAACAAAAACCCACCUUUUUCAUUUUAGCAGAACUGAACUUGGCUGAAUAAGUUAUUUUUUACUGAUUGUUAAAGUUGGGAGCGGCUGCCAGAGGCCACCAGAGUUGUGUUUUUUUGUUUUGUUUUGUUUUGUCAACUUAAACCACAGGCAGAGAUUUUCUACUUUCUGUUUUCACAUGAGUUUUAAUGAGGUUCUGUUGAAGUAAUGACUUGUUAGUAGUGGAAUUACAAGCAACAGGGCAGGCCUUUGCUGGAGAUAAUUUGAGAGAAAGGGAGAACUAUGGAAACUAUUCCUUAAGAUUUAGCCCUGUCCUUUGGUAAGAAUCUCGUCCACUAAUUUUACAAUUUAAAGGAUUUCAGGAAGCUUUUGGGUUGAAAAUCUUAUUUUAAGUUGAAUAUUUUCAUUCAAAAUCAUACCUAAACUUCAUGUUAAUUUCACCUGAGAGGGACUAUUUUAUGCAUUUUAGAGAUUGGAAGGAAAAACAUCAACAACAACAACAAAAAUUAAACAGUUGUUUCUACUAGGAAGAUCAAAGAAAGUAAAAGUUACUGAUUUUUACUGCUGCAGGAUGCAGGAAGUGCUGGCCCACAUGUAGGACAGCAAGGCCACCCCUUAGAUGAAGCUAGCUGCAUAGCACAGAGUUUAAAAAGUGUGCUUCACACACCACUUGAGGACCGUAUUAAAUUGCUAAUUCACAUCCUAGAGAUUCUGAUUCUGUAGGGGAAGGCUGGAGCCCAGGAACCUACCUUUUAAACAAGUUCCACAGGUGAUUCUGAUGUACAUAGAGUAUGACAGGCAUCACUCUAGAGAAUGGAUUGACAAAUUACAGCCCACAGGUCAAAGCUGGCCUGCUGUCUUAUUUUAUAAAUAAAGUUUUAUUGGAAUAGAGCUACAGUCACUUGUUUACAUGUUGUCCAUGGCUGCUUUUGCUAUACAAUGGCAGAGUUGAAUAAUUCUGACAGAUACCAUAUGGCUGGUUAAGUCCAAAAUAUUUACUAAAUGGAAUAUUACAUUACUACAUCCAGCUAAUUUAUUGUGUUUUUAGUAGAGACAGAGUUUCUCCAUGUUGGUCAGGCUGGUUUUGAACUCCCGACCUCAGGUGAUUUGCCUGCCUGAGCCUCCCAAAGUGUUGGGAUUACAGGCAUGAGUCACUGUGCCCAGCCAAUUUUUUUACUUUUUAAAGUUAUGCUUUGGCUGGGCAGGGUGGCUCACGCCUGUAAUUCAAGCACUUUGAGUGGCCAAGCUGGGUGUGUCACCUGCGGUCUGGAGUUGAAGACCAGUCUGGCCAAGUGGUGAAACCCUGUCUCUCCUAAAAUACAAAAAAUUAGCCAGGCGUGGUGGCACAUUCCUGUAAUCCCAGCUACUGAGGAGGCUGAGGCAGGAGAAUCACUUGAACCCGGGAGGCGGAGGUGGCAGUGAGCUGAGAUCCCAUCAUUGCACUCUAGCCUGGGUGACAAAAGCGAAACUCUGUCUCAAAAUAAAUAAAUAAAAAUAAAUAAAGUUAUGCUUUUUCCUCUAUUCCUAGUUAAAUCACAACAGUUUAGCAAUUAGUCAAUUAGAUGUCUUGUUUCUCUUUAGUAGAAAUUAUAUUUUUGGCAACCAAGUAAGAUGCUUGUACUCCUUUGUCCCUUGUAUUCCUAUAAACUCAAGUUGAUGAGUUUUGUGGUAUUUGACUUCUUAGGCAAAAUCAAAAUUUUUACUUUGACUGUUGCUAUUCUGUUUAUGAAAUAAAUUUUUGUCUAUGCAUUUGAACUAAGUUUCAGCAAGGUCAAUCUAAAUUAAAUAAUUCCAACUCCCAGUUUUAUCCUAUGUUGCUCAUAAAACAGUUUCAAGUAUACCCCAUUAUCUGGAGAUUUGAAGAUACGUUGCCCAUGGGGAUUAUAGUCAGCAAAUGGGUUAAGCAGCUUUGACCCAGUUGUUGUGUAUUUUAGGAGACUGUCUUAGGAGAGCUUAAGUGAUUGGGCUGCAGGAAGAAGACACCGAAACCCAGGAAUUAGAAAUGGAUUCAGAUUGUCUGAUUUGAACAAUUUAGUUUCACCAUAGGCUAAUUAUGUGACAUUGGGCAAGUGACCUAAUUCCUCUGUACCUUACUUUCUACAUUUGUAAAAUAGAGAUGAUUUGGUAACUUAUAAUAAGAUUUUUGUGAGAGAUAAAUAAAACAAUAUACUUUGUAAA